UGGGUCGGCGGUUGCGCAGGCGCCGCAGGGAGAGAGGCUUCCUCCAGACCCGGUAACCGCGGCUGCGGGGGCCCUUUCCCCCCAGGCUGGGGGUGGCAGCGGGAGCCGAGAUGCGCCAAGCCCUGACCCAGCCGCGCCCCACUUCCCUCCCGCUCUCCGUCUCCCUGGGGUCCUUCAAUAGAAGAAAAAAGAAUUCCCUCUACGUCACGGUGACCCUUCUCAUUGUGUCUCUGUUGAUUCUCACGGUCGGUUUGGCCGCUACCACAAGAACCCAGAAUGUCUCUGUCGGAGGGUACUACCCAGGUGUUAUUCUCGGUUUUGGGUCGUUUCUUGGAAUUAUUGGAUCCAACUUGAUAGAGAAUAAAAGGCAAAUGCUGGUUGCUUCAAUUGUCUUCAUCAGUUUUGGUGUCAUCGCCGCCUUCUGCUGUGCCAUUGUGGAUGGCGUGUUCGCAGCUAGGCACAUAGAUCUUCGGCCGCUGUAUGCAGGGCGGUGUCACUACUACUCCAAAAGCACAGCCUCGCCAGAGACUCCCUCGCUCCCGGCUCUUAACUGCGCAGCCGAAAACCCACGUCCAGCCGUUUCCUACUAUUCGAGACCCCAAGUGACGUCGUACAACACAUACUACCACAGCACGCCCCACCUGCCGCCAUAUUCAGCAUAUGACUUCCAGCAUUCCACCCUGUUCCAGGCCUCCGUGCCAUCGGGGCUGUCGGAUGAGCCUCCGUCCUUAUCGCCGUCGCCGAGUUACGUGUGGACGCCCACGGCACCUCCCCGUUACUCCCCACCAUACUUUCCUCCUUUCGAGAAGCCACCACCGUACACGCCGUAGGAGUUGCGUGCCCACUGGAACUGGUUGCAGACCUUUUCGGACUGGAGUCCGUCGCCACCGCAUCAGCAGAUAUCGAUAUACAACACAGGGCGUCUUUGCAACGUCUCUCUCGAACGUCUCUCUCGCUGACAACUUUCCUUGACGGGAGCUGUUAUGUUCAGAUGGGCUUUGAGACCCGCAUUAGCCGUCAAAGUGUGUUAUUGUGAUUGCCGGGGCAUUUGUGCAUCCGGGAAUAUUGCAACACGCUUAUCAUGCAUUAGCAGCAUCCAUGCCACAUCACACUGUUUUUCAAAAAAGACUUUUAUUAUAUCAUCCGGCGCUGAACUGGGCACAUUCUUGCAUCAAGCCACUAAAAUGCCAUUUGCAGCCAUUUUGCCAUUUGCAGCCAUGCAGCUCUUAGUCAGUUUUCUAUCCUUUUUGCCAAAAUCCCCCUGCCUUAUUGUUCCCAUGCUAAAAGCUCACAGCUUGUGUAGUAUUUUGUAAAUAAGAAGGGAAAGAUGUCAGGGAUUCCUUCUGUCCGACAGUAAACUGACAUGUCAUUGUUAUUGAGUGCCAAAGAGAUUGUAUAGAUGGCUUUAGGGUUGCCCGUUUAGGAGGAGGGUGGGAUGUUGUUGGACAACAAUGCCCAGCAACCAGAGGCAGAACAGUCCAUGGUCAGGAGGGCUGCGUGCUGCAGUUCAUCAUCUUGAACAGAUGCCCUCAGGCCAAGGCACACGGGCCACAUCCGGCCCGUCAAGGCUUUUCUCCCGGCCUGUUGUUAUUAUCAUUAUUCCCCACUCAUGCCAUAGCCAAAGGGAAGGAAGGAAGGAAGAGAGAGGGAGAGAGAGAAGAAAGGGAAGAGGGAAUGAAGGAGAAAAGGGAGCAAUUGAAAAGGAAGGAA